GUCUUUGAACUUACGGUUUAGGGCAUAUGUAAGCUUGAGUUGGAUUUGGUGAUGGUCUAUGGAAGCCUGGGUUAUGGAUACUCCCAUCAGUUGAUUCACCCAAAGAAGAACUUGGAGGGGGUUGUGGAGCGGUCCAUCUUUCUACGCUGUCUUCCUCCAGACCAUCGCAAAGAUUCCCACUUUAAUGUGAUCACCCCAAUACCAGUGCCAUACACUGACUUCGUAGGAGCCUUGUUGAAAAGAGACGCCGCUGGUUUUACAAAGACGUCCAUCGGCCUGCCUGGAGUACCUCCCCUCAUCAUGGAGAUGCUGGAGAAAAGGAGCAGGAUUCUACAGCUGCAUGAAGAUAUGGAGGCCUGUCAGUCAUCGGAGGAGGAAGUCCAGUUCCUGGAGAAGCUGGUGAUGAGGAAAGGACCUCCAUCUGAAGCCACCUGGAGGAUGAACAAGACAGGCAAAGGUCUCUCCAAAUGGAAGACAGCAUCCUCCAAGAUUUCUAACGUGAUGAGUUUUGCUCACUCUGCCAAACCGGACAUGCCUGACGGAUGCUUCCAUAUCCUGGGAGGAUGUGAGACAGGACUCUCCACCAGGAGCCACGAUGGAAGAGACGACAGAGAAGCCCCCGUCACCUCCCAGUGUGACCCCUCCCAGUGUGACCCCUAAACCAGUUCUCCAAAGUGCCGGGGCCCCAGUCCCCCCCCA